UAUUAUUAUUUAAAACACUAUAAAAUACAUUGCAAAACAAUAUUAAAUGAUAUUCAUUGUUUCUGUUAGUACUUAUAAUUGUGACUAGCAACACAGAAAGUUCAACAAUUUGGUCCGAAGUACAUUGCCGGCCAAGGUCGAUGGAAACUGAAUUACGACAUUAGGUUAUUGAUAAACAAAUGUGACUUAACAAUAAAAAACAAUUAUGUAAGAUUGUAUAGUUUGAAAUAACAAGGCAAAGAUCACUGACGUGUUAAUCUGUUUAUAGAGGAUUAUUUUAUUAUAGACACGCAUUGUAAUUACGGCUUGCAGGUGCAAAACACUCGAUGAAUGAAUUUCAAAAUAAAUAAAUAAAUAAAACCCGAUGUAAGUUUAUUAUAAAGUGCAGCUAACUCGAAAGAAAGUAAUAAGUAAGUGUUACAAUGUCGCGGCUAAUCCUCCACCGAGCUAUAGCGAGUCCGCCGGCGCGGUCCGUCAUGAUGCUCGCCGACAUACUCAGCCUAGAUAUGGAGAUUAAAGACGUGAACCUAUACAAAAUGGAGCACAUGACACCGGAGUUUAAAAAGUUAAAUCCAAUGCGAACAGUGCCUGUCCUGCAAGAUGGGGACUACACUUUAUGUGAAAGUCACUCAAUUCUGAAGUACCUGUUGGAAAAGUACGGCGGGGAGCAUCGCGAGCGCCUGUAUCCAAGCGACCUGCGCACGCGCAGUAUCGUCGACCAGUGCAUGUUUUUCAACGCAGGCAUGUUCUUCGUCCCCAUCAGGAGUUUGGCAUUCUUAACCUUCACGGGGCAGCUGUCAGGGCUGACGCCUGAGCACCAGGCGGAGAUAGAGAAGUUGUUCGGCGUGGUAGAAGACUACCUCGCUGAUCGGAAGUACAUCGCAACCGAUCGGCUCACGCUGGCGGACCUUUCCGCCGGCUCCACUGCUACUGCCGUGCAGGCUUUACACAGAACUGAUCCUGAUAAAUUCCCCCUCUGCUACGAUUGGAUAAAACGGCUAGAACAAGAGCCGUUCUUCGAGAAAGUCAACGCUCCCGGAGUCGCAUAUUUUACUAAAAUGGUCCAUAACUUAUGGGAGAAAAAUAAAAAAUCUAAAUAAA